AUGUCGCCCCUUUCACCCAAGCAAGAUCUCCUUCUGUCCCAAGAUCCCCAUAAAAUCCUCCCUUGGCCCUCGUUAGGCCCCGACGAUGGCGAUUUCAACCCCGACCAGUACCUCAACGAUGUCGACGAUGGGAGUGGCGGAAUGUUCAUAUCACCAGGCGAUAUCCUCGCUAACGGAACUUCCGAACCUCAACUAUCACCUUUUCAAGGCGGCGCCGACUCCAACGCAGAGCCAAUCCAACCCCCUUCCGCCAGUACCGCCACCACCCAACCCGGACCAGUGACACCCGCCGACGGCGCCGAACAACCCUCCCAAACAAACCAGUUGUCCCCUGCAAGUGCAACAGACCCUGCAAACCCGCCGUCGCCGACGCAGCAAGGACCUGACAGGAGCUCGUCAUUGUCGCCUGUUCCCGAGCCUGAUCAACCACCAGCAGAACAGCAACCGCAGGCCAACGGCGGAGCGGAACAACAGCCGCAGCGGGAGGAGGAGGAGGAGGAAGAGGCAGCACCGAACCAUACCGCUACCAACGACCUUUUAUCACGGCCCAUGACGCCUCUGAGCCCACUGUCGCCUCCACCGCAAGAGGAGGAAGAGGAGGAGGCUGCAACGGGCCCAAGCUCGAACCAGGCCAACACUUCAUCUGAGCAGAAAAGCCAGGGACAAGACGGGUCACAGGCGAAUGAUGGCUCCAGAUCAUUGACCGCAUCUUCUUCGACAAACACAAAUAUGCCAAUGGGCCUUGGGAACGCGGCCACUGAAUCCAGUGCUAACGGCGUCGAAGGCGGCCAACAUCAACCUCAGCAGCAGCAGCAGUUCGCAGACGGCGUCGGCAAGGGUGGUCUUGCCGCUUCAGGGUCAGAGUCCAGCGCUGCUGUCGCAGGGGCAAGCAACGUGUCUUCUUCUCUCAUGCAACCAUCGGGCCUCUCGACCUCACCAUCGGCCUCAUCUAAUCCAGCUUCAUCAUCUCAACCUCAGAACUCGACAGCGCCUGGCACAUCCUCUGGGCCAGUUUCUACUACGUCGGGGUUAGAGGGCACCGACCCCAAAGCAGCACUCAUCCUGGAGCUCAACUCUGAACUCCUCAAGAUCUGUAUGAUGUUCCAAGCCAAGAGUGUGCCACCCAGCGACCCCAUCGCGCGACAAUACGCCAGUCGGCUACAAAUGAACCUCGCCUGGGGCGCCGCUGCAGUCGACCAGACCGCCAAUCAAAACGUGUCAGAUCCACCUCUCGAGCCUCCCCCACCCCUGGAUUUUGCACCCACCGACAGGAUACGACAGCUCUACGCCGAGCUCGCGGCCCUCUUUGCCAAGGAUCAAGCUCGUCGACAACAGCAGCAGCAGCUCACCUUGAACAUGAACAACCUCAACCCUGUCGGUGGUCCAGGUAUGAUGGCCCCCGGUGGUAUGCACAAAGGAAACACCCCCAUCUCCAAUCUCAAGCGCGAGCGUCCAGACGAGCACGGAGUCGACAAUAUUGGUAACAUUAGCAAGCGACAAAAUACCGGCGAGAACAAGAUGAUGCCUCCUCCGUCCAUACCUAUGAAUCCUGGCCAGCCGAACCCUCAGAACAUGCCCAACCAACCCACGCCCAACAACGGUGCUUCAGCGAUGUCUCCUGGUGGUGCUGGUGGUGCAAUGAACGGUGUCAAUCCUGCUCAACAGCAGCAACCGCAACAAGCACAACAGCAACACCAGCCGCCACAAAUGAACGCACCCCAAGCCUCCAACCCUGUCCACCCUCAAAACAUCUCUAUGCAAGCGCAGUCACCACAACAACAGCCACAUCAGCAACUUGGAAAUCCACAGUCGAGACCACCAAGUCAGCAGAGCGUCACGCGGCAGAGCCCAGCACAGCAGGAUCCAGCAGCGUCGCCGUCGUCGAUGAUGAACCUGAAUGUGGCAGAGGCGGCGAUGGCUUCUUCGCAGCGCGCGAAGCAGCUAAGUAUACGCUCGGCACAGCAGCAAGCUCAGCAACAGGGUGGUGUUGGUGUUGGGCCUGGUGGAAGGCCGAUGUCGAAUCAGGGUAUGCCAGUUGGACCUCAGGGUAACGUUCAAGGAGGUGGUAUGCAAGGAGCUGGAGGACAGAGUCUGAAUCCUGCGAAUCUACCGCCUCAGAUGCAAGCCGCCUUCCAGAUACUGCAGACCCCGAAUCAUCCCGUUGUCCAGACUCUGCUUACCAGAAUUCCCGGCUUUAGGACGAUGAGUGUUCCUAUGCAACUUCAGAAGAUUGUGCAGUACCAGAUGUAUAUGGCGCAACAACAGAAGCAGGCUCAGGCUCAGCAGGCUCAAGGAGGGCAGGUCGCAGCGGCAGGUGGGAAUCCAAUGCAGCAAGGCAACAUGGGCGCAGGAAAUAUGCAAGGCGGGAUGGGUGGAGGAGCAGGAGGGUUCGCGACGCCUUCGUCCCCUAUCUCGCAGCAAGGCGGCAACAUGUUCCCAGCUGGCGGUGCAGGUGGUAUGGGCGGUGGAGGAGGAGGAACCAUGGAUCCUCGUAUGCUCAUGGGCGGAUCGAUACAAGCCGGACCUAGCAACAUGAACUUCCCGCCGAACAUGAACAUGUCAAAUUUGUCACCUCAGCAACGGCAGCUGCUUCUGCUCCAACAACAAGGUCAGCGGAUGGGCGCUGGAGGUGCUGGGAUGGGCGGGGGAGGUGUUAAUCCUGGCGGUAUGAACGCUGGUGGGAUGGGCAUGAACCAGAAUAUGGCGAUGCUUCAGCAACAGCAGCAGCAACAACAAGAAAGGAUGCGGCAGUUGCAGGAACAGCAGCGGUUGCAGCAGCAGCAAGCGCAGAUGCAGUCCAUGGCGUCAAUGGGAUCUCCGAAUCACAUCAAUGCGACGAUGAAUCCUCAGAAUAUGAUGGGCGGAAUGGGCGGUGGAGGCGGAAGUGGUAAUGUUGGUGUGGGUGAUUUCCCACCUGCGCUUCGAUCGAAUCCACAAGUGCAGGGUAUCGCACGGAACGCGUGGUCUCCUGUAGGCGAUGGAGGCGCGUCGAGUCCUUCACCGAUGACGCCUCGUAUGGGCGGAGUUGGCGUUGGAGGGCCAGGUGGUGGAGUCAAUGCGGUUGGGAAUGUUAACCCCCAGAUGAGAGUGUCGCAGGAAGAUUAUCAGCGGAUGAUGUUGCAGCAACAGCAGAUGCAGGCUGCGAGGGCGAUGAACUCUAGUCCGGCGUUUGGGGGGCAAGGGAUGAAUAAGUGGCAGCAGGGUGGACAGCCGGGUGGAGGACAGCAGCAGCAGCAACAGGGAGGGCAGGGGCAAGGAGGGAUGGGUAUGGGUAUGGGAGUGGGCGGGAUGGGUAUGGGUGGUGGAAUGCCACAGCAGGGCUCCAGUUAUGGAAUGUCGCCGCCUGGAAGUGCGGGUGGUAUGUCUGCUGGUGGGGGAUCAGGUGUGGCGCCUUCCCCUCCUGGUGGCCAGCAGAAUUGGGGCGCUGCCAACGCUGGUGCUGGUGGUGUUUCUGGUGGAUAUCCAUUCGCUGGUUCGCCGCAGGGUAUGGACCCGAUGCGACAUAUGUCUGGUACUCCUGGUCCACAACAGCAGCAACCGCAACAGCAAAGUGGAAUCGUGGGUGGAGGGCCUGGUCCUAUGAUGAACAUGGGGGAUGGUGGUGGUUCAAUAGGAAGCGAGUUUGAUCUCUUUAAUUGGACUGGCUGA